AUGGCGGCUCCUCCUCCGAUCGUUCUCGACGGCGGCACCGGCUUCUUGAAGGUUGGGUAUGCCGCGCAGAACUUCCCCGAGCAUCAGUACCCGUCCAUCGUCGGCCGACCCAUCUUGCGAACCGAGGAGAGGAGUAGCGACAAUGACAUUACAAUCAAGGACAUCAUGUGCGGAGACGAGGCCGCCGCCGCCCGGACCAUGCUCCAGAUCUCAUACCCAAUGGAAAACGGCAUCGUCAAGAAGUGGGAUGACAUGCAGCAUCUCUGGGACUACACCUUCUACGAGAAGAUGAAGGUUGACCCGAAAGGGCGCAAGAUCCUUCUCACCGAGCCGCCCAUGAACCCUCUCAAGAACAGAGAGCAGAUGUGCGAAGUCAUGUUCGAGCGCUACGGGUUCGGAGGUGUCUACGUGGCUAUUCAGGCCGUUUUGGCAUUGUACGCUCAAGGGCUGAGCUCCGGUGUGGUCGUCGACUCCGGUGACGGGGUCACCCAUAUCGUUCCGGUGUACGAGUCUGUCGUCCUGAAUCACCUCACCCGAAGACUCGAUGUGGCAGGGCGGGACGUGACCCGGAACCUCAUCGCGCUUCUCCUAAGAAGGGGUUACGCGCUCAACCGAACAGCUGACUUCGAGACAGUUCGACAGAUCAAGGAGAAGCUUUGUUACGUGUCCUACGACCUGGAACUGGAUAAGCGCCUUAGUGAAGACACGACAGUCCUGGUGGAGAGCUACACCCUUCCUGACGGCCGGGUGAUUCGUGUAGGCAGUGAGCGUUUUGAGGCACCCGAGUGUCUGUUCCAGCCCCAUUUGGUCGACUGCGAACAACCAGGCAUGGCCGAGUUCCUCUUCAACACCAUCCAAGCCGCAGACGUCGACGUGCGCUCGUCUCUGUUCAAGGCGAUCGUCCUCUCGGGUGGUAGCAGCAUGUAUCCCGGCCUCCCUUCGAGGUUGGAGAAGGAGCUCAAGCAGCUAUGGCUCACACGCGUCCUCAGCGGCAACCCGGAACGGCUGAACAAGUUCAAGGUUAGGAUAGAGGAUCCCCCACGACGGCGGCACAUGGUAUUCCUGGGCGGUGCGGUGCUGGCGAACAUCAUGGCGGACAAGGAAAGCAUGUGGAUCACGCAGCAAGAGUGGGAGGAGCAAGGACCGAGGAUCCUGGAGAAGUUGGGACCGCGAUAG